CUUUGCUUCUAUCUAGACCUGUUUGUGGGCCAGUUGAAAAGUUGUCUCAAGUGCCAGGCCUGUGGGUAUCGCUCCACGACCUUCGAGGUUUUUUGUGACCUGUCCCUGCCCAUCCCCAAGAAAGGAUUUGCUGGGGGCAAGGUGUCUCUGCGAGAUUGUUUCAACCUUUUCACCAAGGAAGAAGAGCUAGAAUCGGAGAAUGCCCCAGUGUGUGACCGAUGUCGGCAGAAAACACGAAGUACCAAAAAGUUGACAGUACAAAGAUUCCCCCGAAUUCUCGUGCUCCAUCUUAAUCGAUUUUCCGCCUCCCGAGGCUCCAUCAAGAAGAGUUCAGUAGGUGUAGACUUCCCACUGCAGCGACUGAGCCUAGGGGACUUCGCCAGCGACAAAGCUGGAAGCCCCGUGUACCAGCUGUAUGCCCUUUGCAACCACUCGGGCAGCGUCCACUACGGCCACUACACAGCCCUAUGCCGGUGCCAGACUGGCUGGCAUGUCUACAAUGACUCUCGUGUCUCCCCUGUCAGUGAAAACCAGGUGGCAUCCAGUGAGGGCUACGUGCUGUUCUACCAACUGAUGCAGGAGCCGCCCCGGUGCCUGUGAAACCCUUUCAACACCCUGAAGCCCCCAGGCUCCCCAUUUACCUCAGAGACGUCUAUUUUUGUGUCUUUUUAAUCGGGGAGGGGGGAGGGGGUGGUUGUACCUCCCGUUAUUUUUUUUAUUAAAAAAUACCCUUUCACCUGGAGGCUCCCUUGUCUCCCAGUCCCAUGUACAGAGCUCCACAGGCCCCCGCCCGUGUACAGCCCCCAGACCCUCUACAGUCUCACUUUUUUUGUGAAUAAAUUUAUU